UGGAAAGUCGCAGCCCGAGAAGUGCUUCUGUAUGGGGAGCCAGGGCGAAGGGGAAGGAGCACGGACAGUCGACAGCCUGUGGCCCUGCUCUGGACAGCCUGCCGGACCGCCCCAUCGUCGGAGCUGAGGCUGAUUCCUCGGACCACUACAGGAAAAUGUCCCUCUUCGCCUGAGAACAAGCAGCUCACCAGCUUCCACCAUGAAUGUGGGUGCCGACUCCCAUCCCGGCGCCGGCCAGUAUCUCAUCUGUAACAACUGUCAGAAAGUGAUCAGGAAAAAGGAGCAGGGCUUGAAGCGUCCGCAGCUCCAGACCAUCGGCCCCAGCUCCUUCAUUCCAGAAAAUGAGAUCCUGUCCACUGAGAGCAAUACCAUCUUGCUUCUGGCCGAAGAGUUCUCCACCAGCGGCCGUGUGGACCACCUGACCCAGGUGAUGGGCCUGCACCCGCAGUAUCUAGCCUCCUUCUUGGAGAGCCAGUUCUACCUGCUGCGCAUGGAUGGACCCCUGCCCCUCCACUACCGGCACUACAUCGCCAUCCUGGCCGCGGCCCGCCAUCAGUGCUCCUUCCUGGUGAAGAUGCAUGCACGAGAGUUCUACCAGAUGGGGGUGUGUGUGGAGUGGCUGAAGGGGCUCCAGUACGCCCCCCAGAGGCUGAGGAAUCUCUGUGACAUCAACAAGAUCCUGGCGCACAGGCCCUGGCUCCUCACCAAGGAACACAUACAGAAACUGGUGAAGACUGGCGAGAGCAGCUGGUCCCUGGCCGAGCUCGUGCAUGCAGUCGUGCUCCUCGCUCACUUCCACGCUCUUGCUAGCUUCGUCCUCGGCUCCGGCGUGAACCCCGAGCGAGACGGCAUGGUGCCGGACGGCUUCACACACACGAGCGUCAACAAUGAGUGUGUGUGUGACUUGGACAGCGACAGCAGCCCAGAGGAGGCAUUCUUCGACGAUGCCGGAGGUGGUGGUGGGACGAUCGACUCGGUGAGCGAGCUCGAGGCACUGAUGGAGCGCAUGAAGAGGCUGCAGGAGGAGCGGGAGGAUGAGGAGGCAUCGCAGGAGGAGAUGGCCACACGCUUUGAGAAGGAGAAGAAAGAGAGCCUCCUGGUGGCCUCCACAGGCUUCGAAGACGAGGUGAUCCCGACCUCCCAAGUGUCCCGCUUCGUGGAGGAUGCGACCUUCGGCUAUCAGGACUUCGCCAGGCACGGGGAGGACAACCCCCCCACGUUCCGGGCCCAGGACUUCUCCUGGGAGGUGCACGGCUUCUCCCUGGUCAACCGGCUCUACUCGGACAUCGGACUCCUGCUCGACAAGCGGUUUUGCACGGUCUACAACCUGACAUACUACAAUAUGGCCAUCCACGAGGACGUGGACACCACCAUGCUGCGGAGGGCGCUCUUCAACUACGUUCACUGCAUGUAUGGCAUAAGGUAUGAUGAUUAUGAUUAUGGCGAGGUGAACCAGCUGCUUGAGCGAAGUCUGAAGGUUUACAUCAAGACCGUGACCUGCUACCCGGAGAGGACCACGCGGCGCAUGUACGACAGCUACUGGCGGCAGUUCCGCCACUCCGAGAAGGUUCACGUGAACCUCCUCCUUAUGGAGGCACGGAUGCAGGCUGAGCUUCUCUAUGCUCUGCGUGCCAUUACCCGCUACCUGACCUGAAGCCUCCAGCCACCAGGGGGUGCUCCUGAGCUGGGCCUCCUUUUGGCAGACAAAAGGGGUUGUGCUUGUGUCCCCAUGACUCCCCUCACCCCUGGCUCUUCUCCACACCUUAGCACCAAUAUCGUGCCUCAAUUUGAGCAAAGCCUGAUCUGCCCCCGCACCCACCCCCAGAUUUCUGGACAGUACCUGAGGAAGUAACAGUUUAACUGGCUUGGUGGCUCUUUUUCAUGCAUUGCGUUGAGAGGUGUUUAGCCUGGGCCAUCUGGAGAGCGGAUCUCUGAUAACAUUCAGGGCAAAAUCGGUGUGUGUGAAACACUGGCCGGCUCCUCCGACCAUCCGCCAUUAGGACAGUGCUCUGAAAAUGUGAAAGUCACUGAAAAGUGGGAGAUGAGUACGUAGAAUGUUCCGGCAUUCUGGCCAAGUAACCUUUAUGCUUAAAAAUAUAUUCCAUUUGCAUAUAAAUAACAGGUCGGGUGACACUCCAGGCCCCCCCCUCGCGGGCCCCCUCCUCACGGGAAAGUGCCUAUAGUCACGUUAGUCAGCCGAACCCAAGAGUGUUAAACCAAUUUGGACUACAUCCCCGUCCUUGAAAUGGGGAGAUUCCCUCUCAAACCCCCGCACCAGCAUUUUUAUAUGCCAAAUGACACUGUGUGGCCUUCUACUACCAGAGGACGACCACUCUCUCCUAGCAAGUCACCACUGGUCAUUCCUAGUAACGCCAUUGGUUCAGUUAAGUGAACCCAGGAAGUGAUGCAAAUCCUGGCGUAUCCCAGAAUCCUCCGCUUCCACGGCCUGAAAGGUGGUCGUGCUGCCAUGGCCGAGGAUGGAGUGAGUGACAUUGGGCUCAGGGGAGCUGAAGAGGUAGGAAAUUCAUCUCCCAGCUCUGUGUACCUUCAGUGGACAAUUCCUUAAGUGCAAUAUUCAUCUCCUCUAUUUUGUAGAAGAGUUUGACAAAUAGAAAUACUGUACUAAAGUAUGAACCCUUAGGAGAAUUCAGCUCAGUUGCAUGCAAAUAUAUGUAGUAUUCAUAUUUGCAAAGAUUUUUUUGCACAUUUGUUGAGUUUCAGGACUUAAAGAUGGUUUGGUUCCUUAACGUCCGUGUCCCUGAGCAUCGCCCACUGAAGGCAAACCUCAUGUGACAGUGUGGCGGCUCUUUCAGGAACCGUGUCUUUUUGACAGUAUGUCACAGACUGGUUUUGCUGGUUCCCAGUCUCAGCCAUUCUGACAUGUUCUGUUCAGUAUUAAAUACGUAUGCAAAUUCCAGAAAAAAAACUGAAUAAGUUCACUUAGUGCUCUGGAACAUACCCCCCCCCCCCCCAAAAAAAAGAAAUUGAUCUAAACUUGAAACCCUCACCUAAGCGUUUGCUUUGAUUGACCCAUCGUACGUCUUACGAUGUCAUGAAUGUAUAUAUUUCUACUGAAAGUUAAAUAUAGAGAGAAAACCUUUGAUUGAUUUGAGGAGGACGAAUCCUUCGCAAGCUUUCUAUUCUCCUCUGUCCUUGUUUUUUUAUUGUAGAUGUUUACCAGCUGCUUGCCACGGGCCAUAUGCUGAGCGUAUCAUAAAUGCCGUACCUUCCCUCUCUUGCGAUUGCUCUCACUUCUGACACGUCCACCUUCAUCCGCUCAGUCCAGUGUUAGUAGUCAUGCAGACCACCUGGUUUCAUCUGUGUACCCGCCUCGUGAUUGGCUACCAUACUGUCCAAUGGUGAAGCCGAUGUGCUAAUGCCUGUUAGCAUAAUUCAGCUGAGGACUUGAAUAAGCUAGUCUGCAUUUAAAUUUAGGAGCAGACUGUUGGCUGUGAGACCCAGGACUGGCUAAGGGCUACUUAGGACCCCCCGAGUGCGGGUACGUGUGUCUCUGUGGUGGGGAGGGGGGUAGCUGACUUUCUCAGCCAAUCAAAGCCCCCCCUCCUCAUCUGGGUCGGAAUGUGAGGGGUCUGACGAUGGUUGGUUCUCCUGCAGCUCUGCAGCACCCUGGUGUACAGCAGAACUCUCAAGGGGUCAUGGAGGGUAAUGUUUCCGGCCCCCUCCACCCUCACUGUGGUGUCUGUGCCCCCCCCACCCUCACUGUGGUGUUCAUAAUGUCGUGACCCCCAUCUGAUACAGAUUAGACUGAAAGUUAGAGAUGAAACCAUAUACCUUACAUAAGAUAGACUUGAAACGUGAAUGUUUGUAUAAUCUUCUUGUCUUACAUUACAUGUGAAUGUUUGAACACAUCUUAACACAGACUCCAACCUAAAGUCUCUCAGUUCUGAUGUACACCAGUGGUUUUAGAUGUAUCACUAAGUAGGUAGUUUAUGAAAAUUUUACUUCUACAUCUUUUUUAUUUACAAAGUCGUAUGAAUUUUUGGUUAAGAUUUUGUUUAUUUCUACUAUAGGUUUAAUAUUCUUUACCAUUUCAAUGAGCUGAACUUAACUGCCUGCUUUUGGACAAGGUGAAUGAAUUUCCCAGCUGUUCGACCUGACUGAAACCGAAGCUAGAAGUGUUAAGAGAGUUUUAGGCGGCGCGGCACCCUGAGGGUCAUGUGACCUUCCGGGUGCAUGUGCAGGAAUGGCUCCGCUUCUGCUGGUCCGUCGAGCAGCCUUUGCACCGGGAAUGGAGUAAGAGACCGCAGUGCCUUGUCCCAAGUCUGACGCCCUGUGAUCGGGACCCCGUGGGCAGUGUGUGUUUGAGUGAGCGUGUUUGUGUCUUGGAAGGGUCUGUCAUCAGUGUGUUGUGUGUAUUCAGGCCCUACUGAAAUGAAACUGUGAUUAAAGAUUUUUUACAUAAUUAAAAAUUAGAAAGGCAAACAUAUACAGAUGCUUACCGCGGUGACUCCUGCGCGGUGACUCCUGCGCGGUGACUCCUGCGCGGUGACUCCUGCGCGGUGACUCCUGCGCGGUGACUCCUACACUUUUCUUCUCCCUCCCAUUAAUUUUUUUUGUUUUUGUUUUGUUUUUUACUACAUCUUGGUACGGAACAGUGGGGUCGGCUUUCAGCGAUUUAUAGUUAUAUCAUAUUCAGCCAGAUUGUAUUUUGCAGUUGCUCGAUGGAAAAAAUAAGAAUCUCAUUGUUUCAAUAAAGCUGUUCAAACAACCA